GUGUGUGUGUGUGUUAGUGGGCGUGCGUGCAGGCGGAAGAGCCACAUAUUCGCUGCUGGAAGCGCAGCCGCAGCAGCAGGAGAAGAAGCUAAAUUAAAGCGAACUAAAGUGAAAACAGACGCUGUUUGAUUUGCACACGGAGAGGGAACAGCGCCACCACCUGGGAGCGGCAGAGAUCCAACAUGGGAGGCAAACUCAGCAAGAAGAAGAAGGGCUACAACGUCAACGACGACAAGGACAAGGACAAGGACGCUAAAGCAGAGGGGGCAUCUGGAGAGCAGAGCGACGCCCCCAACGACGGCAAAGAAGCCGCCCAGGCGGCAGGAGAUGCUAAAGAGGUGGCACACGUGACGGAGAGCGAGGAGGCGCCGCAGGGAGAAACCACCGCAGCUAAAGACCAAGACAAGAACGCCGCUGAGGGAGAGGCUAACACCAAGCCCAAGGCUGAGGAGAAACCAGCUGCCUCCGCCGCUGCCACCAAACAACCGGAAGAAUCCAAGGCUCCAACACCUGAGAGCAAAGAAGGGGGCGGAGCCAAAAAGACUGAGGCCACGGCUGAGGCGGCGUCCGUCGUCUGCCCUGAAGCCAAACCUGCAGAGGGACCAGCGAUAACACCAGCACCAGCACCAGCACCAGACCCAGACCCAGACCCCGCCCCGGCUCCAGUCCCAGCAUCAGCACCGGCAAAGGAGGCUUCCAGCACCUCCUCUGCUGCUGCUGCUGCUGCUCCUGCUGCUGCUGCUGCUGCUGCUGCCUCCCUUAGUUCACCAGCAGCUGCUGAAGCUCCUGCCGAAAAGUUGUCGUCCACCGAGGCACCGAGCAAAGAUCAAACCGUAGCCGUUCAAGAGUAAUGGACAGCUUCUCCUCCUCCUCCUCCUCCUCUGAAAAAUAAUAAAAUGAAGUGUCUAACUCGAUGAGCAGGAAUCCAGCUGCCACUCCACGGCUGGUGGUGAUAAGGAAAUCGUUGACAUUGUUUUGUUUUAUUUUGAAAUCAUGGCAGGAGCUUCCUCCAGGAAAUGGGCCUCUUCCUGUCACUGCAGAUAAUUCUUCGUCUUCUUCUUCUAGUCUUUUUUCAUCCUAGUAUCUGAACCCUUCUGACAAGUCCACGUGGGCUUCACCGUUCCACCGUCACCACCCCCCGCCCCCCACGGGCCUCAGGACGUCACAGUUCUCUGGAACCCUUCUCUGAUUGGCUGAUUCUGGUCCUGACCUCCUGACCCCCUGUGGACCCGGCGUUCUCCCCUGCGAUCUGUGGUUCCAGUUCUGACUGGUUUUCCCGACUGGACUUCUCCCCAGUGGUGGCCGCUCAGUCUUCACUGCUGCGAAGAUGUGAUUGGCUGUAAGGCCUCCACUCAGUUCAGGAGUGAGUGAUGACCUCGUCCUACAGCAAGAAGAACCAGGUUCUCCAGGUUCUCCAGGUUCUC